AUGUCACAGUACAAUAAUGGCUGCUACGAUGUGUUUCCUGUCGAAGAUCCCGAUGACACUGGAUUGUCCUCCUCAUCUUAUCCAUCCUUUCUUCAAGCGCAGAGUGUAGCCUUCCAACGCUUUGCGCCUCAGGAUGAUGUCGUUGUUGGAGAGGACGAGUCGGCUGCCAUUGCCGCUGCUUUGGCGGCUUCGGAACGUGAGGAAGAAGAGCGACAACGCAAACGAAAAGCAGACGAACAGGAACAAUUUGCCCGUCAACUCCAACGGGAAGAACAGUGUCAUGCCGACCAGGAAUUGGCAAAAGCCAUGGAGGUUUCGGCCAAGGAAGCCGAUACGCGGGUGGUGCACCAACAGUUGGAGGAUGCUCUGACCAGUGAUCAGGAUGCACGACAAAAAGAACGACACGUGGGAUCUUGGGAUUGCUUGCACUGCACGUACCAGAAUCAACCCUAUGAACCAACCUGUACUAUGUGCUCACAGGCGCCGCCUCCGGGGACUCUGGUCUUCCAGCACAUUCCCGCCACGCUCCGGUUUGGACUGGAAUUGGAACUCUUUAUUACGAGUGGCAAACGAGAUGGAUUCAAAUUGGGCUGGAUUGCAAAAGAGCUGUCCAAAAUGGGACCUCCGUCGGUGGAGUACGCCGGAUAUUCCCAUGAAACAUCCCAGCAUUGGAAAAUUGUCACGGAUGGCAGUUUGCGAGGACACAAUCAUCAUGACUUGUGCUUUGAGUUGGUGUCGCCAGUACUGCAGGGAAAUGAGGGAUUGUCGCAACUGCGCAUCAUGCUGGAGCAUGUGCGCAAAUUGGGCAUUGCCACCAAUCGGACGUGUGGCUUUCAUUGUCACGUCGAUGCCACCGAGACGCCUCUGGCAGACAUUCGACGCAUCGCACAGUGCUUUGUGGCUCUGGAGAAUGCCUUUGACUUGCUGGUGGCCGGCAACUAUCAUCGACGAAAUGCCGACCAAAAUCAAUACUGUCGCUCCAAUCGUAUCGCCUUUGGACGACUCUCCAAUAAACAACGAUGGGAAAAACUACAAAGUGCACAUUCCACACAACAACUCGUCCAAUGGAUGAACCCGGACCAGGAUCGUUAUCGAAAACUCAAUCUUACCAAUCUGGUGAAUCCAAAUCGCCCGUCAACGAUGGAAUUUCGGCUUCAUGGGGGCGUCCAGGAAUUGAGAGAAGCCGAGGCAUGGGUGCGGUUGUUGUUGCGAUUUUGUCACAAUGCUCCCACAUCUACUACUAGUAGUACUAGUAGUAUGACAGCACUCCGAGAAGAAGCCACUCCAGCCGAAGAACUCGCGCUCUUGUGGGAUCUUGUCAAUUGUCCGGGAUUGGAACAGUUCUAUGUCUACAACCGCAAACUGUUCCAAGCCAAACAACUACAAAACAAAUGGCGUUGUAAGAGAUGUCACAAACCAUUUGAGACGAGUCGAGCUCUCUCGCAACACGCCCAAGCGACGGGACAUACAUGA